CUGAGACAUGACCCAGAUUCCUGGAUGUAUGCGAGUCUAGAUUUCAUUUAUCUUUGCUUUUCAGCCUGGGUCAAUGGUGUAAGCUGUGAUGGCUCAUGUAGUCCUCGCAAUUGCACCGCACGUUAUCUUGACGGCGCGGCGAGUGUGACCGCCUUCCCGAGAAAACCGCGCUAAGCCCAGAGUAUUCCCUCUGGAUGCAACUUGCAGCGGAGCACAUGGUCGAAUCUUUCCCCCGUGGAGAUCGAAUCGACCCGGCGUGACAUUUCUGCUUGGUUCACCUUUCGUUGUGACCGGCUUCCGCAGGACGAUGGUCCUCAAGGUUCAUUUAUAGCGCUACUAGCACGCCUCAAGACUGCGAAACAGACGGGUAAUAAAAUGCCGGGCACUUGCGAGGUCUGCGUGUCGGAGCCUUCCAAGUAUCGAUGCCCGACUUGUGGGCUGAUGAGUUGCUCCCUCGCAUGCACUCAAUCACACAAGAUCUAUUGCGCCCCGAAGGCACUGCCGCCGAACCCGUCGGAAGCCCAAGAACCCUCAGCUGCAGCCAAUGGAGACCGCCCCGAGGCUGAAAUGCCUCAGACGGAGACUGGUCUCGAUAUCAAGUCCUUAGGCACCUCCAGUCAGCUCAAGGAGCUCCUCGAUCGCUUUCCUUCUCUGCGGGAUCAACUGCAGGACAUCUACCAGGCUACUUUGGAGGAGGAAUGGCAAGAGAAUCAACCGUACGUCGGUCGGCACCGGGGCUUUGGGAAAGGUAGAGCGACGCAUCGUCAUCGCGGGCCGUGGACGCGUGAGAAAGGGUUCAACCGGGGAGUGGGCAAGGUCAGAAAGCUUCGGGAACGAUGUGAAGAGGGGGAUGAAGUAGGCCAGAAAGCAGAAGGCUAUAUGCGCUUCAUGGCCUUGAUCACGGGGAAUCAGCUACCUGGGGCUGCAUGAAAAUGUGCCUGUCUGGUUUUGUUGGUGCGUCUUGCAACGAGAGGCAAGGUGGCAAACUACGCUUCCCACCGGAAAGGUGCCAAGACUGCACGCAGUGCAGGUUUGAGCUUGGCCAGCCGACCAGCUCGAUGCUGCUUCACCUAGCAGCCAGCCGCCUUGCUUCUCACCCUCGGUGAUACGUGUGGGCAAACUCGCUGGAGAAGGCGGUGUUGUCCGACGAGUCACGACAGCAAUCCCAUCGCAAAAGCUGCGUGUAUAUAGGUAAACAGUAUAGCCUCACUCAAAGGCCACCGCAAAGCAAUCGAAUUCCAAAACACUAGCCAGGAUGACCAAAAUGAGGAGAUACCACGUGUACUGUCGCGUAGAUCUGACUCAGGAUGGAGCUACAGGCGAUAGUUU